UUGAGUUGAAAAAGAAAUCUUACAUUCUUAACAAAGAAGUAUUGUUAUGGAAGAUCAUAAUAACAUCUUGAAGUCUAACGAGGGUGAAGACAAUGGUAGCAAUUAUAAGCAUGAUCAAAAGCUUGAAUCAACAAAUAAGAAAAUUGUUGAGACCAAAGAAGAAAAUGAGAGGUUGAAACUGACACAGUUUGCAAAGAAUUACCAAGCAAUGCAUAUGGACUUCUUCAACAUCAUUCAACAUGAUAAACAAGAAGUUGUAACCAAAUCAAUAAGUAGCCAUGAAGAAAGUGAACUUGUGUCCCUUUCAUUAGGUAUUUCAUCCAUAGGCCAUCCCAUAGAUGACAAAAAGAAUAGAAAUGAAACAAAAAAUAUCAAAGAAGAUGAGAAUUUUGAUGAAGGACUUGCUCUUAGGUUAAAUAUCACAUUUGACCCUUCAUCAACAACUAAGGAAGGGAAGGAAGAGGAACUCACUAAGAAAUGGUCACCAAACAAAGUUUUGAAGACAACAAGAACCGGAGAUAUAACUACAGAAGUUUCUCAAUAUUCUCAACUCAAGAAAACUAGGGUUUGUAUUAGAGCCAGAUGUGAUACUCAAACGAUGAAUGAUGGAGGCCAAUGGAGAAAAUAUGGACAGAAAAUAGCAAAAGGAAAUCCGUGCCCUCGAGCAUAUUAUAGAUGCACUGUCUCUCCAUCUUGUCCUGUGAGAAAACAGGUUCAAAGAUGUGCUGAAGACAUGUCAAUCUUGAUUACCACCUAUGAAGGGACUCAUGACCAUUCUCUACAUACUUCAGCCACAGCCAUGGCCUACACAACUUCUGCAGCUGCUUCCAUGCUUAAGUGUUCUUCAUUCACCUCACAACAAGGACUAACCAAUUCAAAUACAUUCCCAAUCAUCAAUUCCAAUUUUUCUUAUAACCUUAAUCCCCCAAAUUGUACAUCAACUUCAAAGAAGUUUCCAAUCCCACAACAAUUAUACUUUCAAAACUCUUCUAUUUCUUCCCUUAAUUCUCACCCAACAGUCACUCUUGAUCUUACUACACCUCAAACUCCAUUUCCCAUUGGCAAAUUCAACACACCUUUUCCAUCCACCCAAAAAAGUUCAUCAACAAACCCUAAUCUUUCAUCAACUAUCACACCUUUCCAAUCUUGUAUGUUACCAUCAACUUUGAGUCCUUAUAGUGGACAUUUCAACUAUGGAGGACUAAUCAACCAAUAUGGAAAUCAAGCAUUUCAAGGACAUGUAUACCAACCUAGUUAUAUGAUGAGUAACCAUGCCAUUUCUCAACAACCUUUAAGAGAUUCAAUUGUGGCCACAACCAAGGCAAUUACAACAAAUUAUCCAAAAUUUCAGUAUGCCUUAAAAGCUGCUCUCACAACAUAUGUUGGUAGCAAUGAAUUUUCUUGUGAUGGAGUAAAAGAAAAUCAUGUUGUGGCUGAGAAUGAAGCUUUGAACUUAAAGCUAGGUGGAGAUAGGUCAUAUUCAAAGAACACUACUUGUAAUGUUCAAAAAGGAAACAUGUUCAAAUUUCCACCAUCACAACAAUAAUGUGAAAGUUACUUUGGAUUA